AUGACAUAUGUACGCAAGGGCUCAAAGACAAGAGCACAGCAACACCGGUCUGUGCAAAGCAGGGAUCUGCUAUGGGUCAGUGUAAAUGGCUGCCACAUUCUCAAUGUGUACAGACAGCCUGGGACAGACGCAGUCAUGGACUAUCUGACCAAUCUGAGCCCACCAGCCCGCUGUCUGAUAGGUGGGGAUAUCAACGUACGGCAUGAUGCCUUUGAACCAGGGGCAGUGAAUCUGCACCGAGGCGGGGAGCUUGUCCAAUGGGCCAGUGAACAUGGGAUGGACUUUGUGGGAGAGAUAGGGGUUCCGACUCAUGCAGCAGGUCAUGUGAUUGAUCUCACCUUCUCCAAUGUGGCCUUUGCUUCCACUACAGUGCGUCAAGAUCUACACUGCGGCUCAGAUCACCAGUCUAUGAUCACUAUGCUGCCAACAACACCUCAAACACAGCUGAGUGAUGCUCGGAUCAAGAUCACAGACUCUCAGCUGGAGCCCUUUGCAGAUCUUGUCAGAGGUCUCAUGGUGGACAUGCCUUGCCCAGAGGGGGUUGGAAAUGUGGCACAGCUUGAUGAUCUGGCCCAGCACUUCACUCAGAGUCUUCUGGCUGCAGCUCAGGCAGUCAGUAAGCCAGCUCAACAAGGGCGGACCACAGCCCCCUGGUGGACAGCAGACUGCCGAAGAGCGCACCGAGAGCUCACCACUCACCAGACAGAGGCCGCGAAGCACCAGUUCAAGGAUGCAGUGCGCAAGGCCAAGCGUGCAUACUGGAGGCAGGUGAUCAAUGAGGCCAGAGAUGGUAGAGACCUGUACCGGGUGGUGGCAUGGCAUAAGCUGGAACCCAACCUCAGAGCACACCCUCUGGUGAUUGGGGAUCAGGUCAUAGAAGAGACAGCCGCCAAAGCUGAGGCACUUCAACAAGCAAUUCUGAAGCGAUACAACUCAGCUGAUGAUCUGGAGUAUGACCCACUGGAUGAUGAGCACUGGAGCGGCAUGGGGAACCUGCCCUGGAACCCCCGGGUUGGGAUGGAGGAGGUGGAGCGCAACACCAUUGGGGUACAGAGCACCUCCCCAGGCACGGAUGGAAUCACAGUGCGGAUGCUCAAAGCAUGCUGGCAGCAUGUGUCCCUCUUUAUACAGCAGCUAUACAACUGCUGCCUCCGGCUCUGCCACUUCCCACGAGCCUGGAAACUGGCAGAGGUGGCAAUGAUACCCAAGGUGGGUAAGAGAGAUAGAAGCUCAGUCCGCUCCUGGAGGCCCAUUGCCCUGCUUUCAGUAAUCUCCAAAGGGCUGGAACGCAUCAUUGCAAGGCGACUGGCGUACACGGCACUCAUUCACGGCAUAGUCAGCCCACAGCAUGGGGGGGCGCUGCCCAGACGAUCUGCAAUGGACCUGGUAGCUACUUUCACUCAUGAGGUGGAGGCAGCCUUCGCACAAAACAAAGAAGUGUCCAUGGUCACAAUGGAUGUGCAGGGUGCCUUUGAUGCUGUGCUGCGCAGGCGGCUGCUUCAGCGGAUGGCGCAGCAGGGGUGGCCACGCGAGCUGCUGCAGCUCAUUGACAGUUUCCUCACUGAACGCAGAGCUCAGGUCCGGCUGGAGGGGACCACCACAGCAGCACAUCAGAUGCAAUGUGGCACGCCACAGGGGUCUCCUUUGUCACCAAUACUGUUCCUUCUGUACCUGGCAGAGCUGCUGUGGCAAAACUCGGAGUUGCGCUUUGGCUAUGCGGAUGAUCUGAACAUCUGGCGGGCGACCCACUCACUUGACAACAAUGCCACCCUUCUCAGACAGGAUAUACAGAGUAUUCUGAGGUGGGGGGAGAUAAACAAGGUGGCCUUCGCACCAGAGAAACUUGAGAUGAUCCAUCUUACAAGAAAGCGACACAAUGAGGCACCAGCAGUAGUUGUGUCUGAGGACCUCACUGUUCACCCUGUUACUGCCCCAGCUGGACAGGAGCCAGCACUUCGCUUGCUGGGUGUACACUUCAACAGAAGGCUCACCUGGAGACCACAUGUCUCCACCCGGGCAAAGAAGGGCAAGGGGCCGUGGCCCAGCACAUCCGGGAGUCUGGGAAAGACCAGAGACGGGCCCCCAGCAGACGCUUUGCGGAAGGCGGUCACCACCUGCGUGGUUCCCUCACUGCUCUAUGGCACAGAGGCCUGGUACGGCGGCCGCACGCAGCCAGCAAGGCACACGGGUAGGAGUGGGGAGGUUAGCUCCCGCCUGGGAUGGCAUGUGGGGACAGUUGAGAAGGUGCUUACUAUGGCAGCCAGAGGGGUCCUCCCAGUUUUCCGUACAACGCCCAUCGCUGCCCUAUACCGGGAUGCUGGGCUCCCAUCAGCAAUGGUAGCUCUGGAGGAGGCCAAAAUUCGAUUCGCGACAAGGCUUCAGGUGGUGGAUGAGAAGCACCCACUGGCUUCACGGAUAGCACCUCCAAUGAUCACACGAGGAAGAGGGGCUGGAACCCGGCAGCGCUCAAAGACCAAGAUCCAGCGGUUGGGGGCGCUGCUACCUGAAGUCAAUAGACACACACUUGCCAUCCCACACUACUCAGAGGGAUGCGGGACAGACCCCACAGAGGGUGUAGACAAAAAGAAUGCUGCUCAGGCAUUCAAGGAAUGGUGGAGAAGUCAACCCUCAACAGAUCUAUAUGUUUUCUCAGAUGGAUCAGAACGGAGCCUUGACAACAGCAGGCAGGUGGGCUAUGGCUUCAUAGUCUAUCAGGGAAAUAAACAGCUGGCCAGCUUCUCAGCUGCGCUGAGCUCUAUGUCACAUAUCUUCGACGCUGAGGCAGUUGGUGCCUGCCGGGCAUUAGAGUGCGCUGUGAAGCUCCUACCUUGUGUCACAGAGGACAGCAGCAACCCUCAGAUCUGGCUCUGCCUCGACAACACCUCAGUCAUCUGGGGCAUACGGGGCAGUGCAGCAGCCUCCUCAAACUGGGCCUACAACCGCUGCCAUGAGCUCCUCAGACAGCACAAUGUCGGCCUGAAAUGGGCUCCUGGGCAUAUGGGGAUAGAGGGCAAUGAGGAAGCAGACCGCUUGGCUAAGCGGGCAGUCUCAUCCACUGCAGCCCCAGCCUAUGGUCUCGAGGCCACACCCACAGUCAGUGGGGUCCGCACAGUGGCCAAGCAGCUCAGCCAAGAGGCAAGGCGAAAGUGGUGGAGUGGAGCCUGUGGCAGGCUCUCUGACUGGUACCGGGGCUGGAGUUUCAGCAGGCCGACUGUGGAAUACCAAGUGAAGGCCCCUCCGGAGCUCACCAUGCCACGGCAUGCCCUUCACCGCUGGCUCGCACUCCGCUCCUCUCAUGGGGACUUCUCCUGGUACCACAGGCGUUUCCAGCAUGCAGAUGCGAGGCUCACCUGUGUCUGUGGACACAACAAGAGCCCAGAACAUUUGGUGCUCUGUCGACACUCACAGAGGCACUUUCUUCACUGGCCCAAGAGGCCAGCAGCACGGCCACACAACCGGGCGACAGCUGUUGCCUAUCUAGGGUCUCUGACCCCUACAGACUUUGUAGAACUGCUGGACUGCACGCAGUUCUACACACGGUACUGCACAAGGUAA